GGGUUAUUUAAACAUUAUAAACUAAAAAAAAGAAAGUGUAUUUUUUAAAAUAAUUAAAUUUAUAAUUAUGGUGGUGACUUCAGCACACAAAAUUCUUAUUUUCGUAGGAUUUUUAUCCGUCAUACAUGCUGCUUAUUCAGCAGCGCAACAUCGCUCUUAUCUGCGGAUAACUGAACAAGAAUUUACAACAUUGCCUAUAGAUAUCAUCAUUCAAGGUAUUCUCAGUCUUUUUGUGGUUAUGUACGGAGUAAUGUUUAUUGCAGGAGAUUUCAAAGAAAUCCGAGCUGUUGUAGAUUUGGAAAAUAAAUCAUGGGAAACUUUGCGCAAUCUACCUUCGUUUCAAGUAUUUAAUCAUAGAGGAAAAGCAAUGUCUCCUGACAAUUGUUUUUAAUUUUAUAGGUUCAUACAAAUAUAAAAAAUUGUAAAUUUAAUGUUAAUAAAAAAAAUUUCAAUUUAAUAAAUAAAUAAAAUAAUAUUAAAAACGUUAA